UACGAAAGGGAUUCCUUGGUAGUUUUUCCACUCCUGAGCUGAGAGAAACUCAAAGGGUUGACACGUUUGUGCGAAAAAUGUUGGCUCCUACUAUUGCUGCUGAUGAGUUCCCACCAUUUAUGCUCUACUGACUCAUCGUGAGUUCAUAUAGUCGGCGAGUGGGUAUCCUAUGCGCUACACUACGAUCCUCGCAAAAUACUUGAUAUGUAUAAAGGGAGGGCAGGCUCCAUCGGUGGCUCAUACAAUCGGGACUUCUACGAAGUAUUUUUUAAAGAUUUCUUGUCGGGGCCUUUAGCUUCUGUCCUGGCUAAUAGGAAAGAACCUUAUCUCCUUCCCCUUGACCACGAACAGCCUAUAAUUGACAAUGUCGUUGGAGAGGAUGAUCGAUAUUCACAAUGUCAGUCUGAUAGUUUUAAGGGGCCAGAGUUAUGGGGACCAAGAGAUUGUUUGCCAUGCGACCAGCUGAUUAAGAGGCUGUUCAACUGCAAAACAUCAGCUUAUGACGCCUGGAAGAAAGAGGAUUGGUUAUGCGAUCGAUGCUCGGAGAAGUCCAUGCGCGACAAUCUCCACAUUUGGUACUUGGGGGAGAAGGUUAAACGAGGACGCAAGAUUCGAGAAGACUGCUGGUAUGGAUACAACUGCCGUGCCAAAACACACGACAAGAGACACGCUCGGAGACCGAAUCAUUGGUGCGAACCUAUCAAGGGAGAUGUCCCUUCGACAUGACCUUUGAGCAACAUGUCUAUGUCCAAAUCAUUAUGUCUCGUUUCGAAGGCUUUGUAUUUUCAAUUCCGGUCAUUUAUCAUUGGAGCGUAUGGCGAUUUGGUCACCGGUGGCGAUACCCGUACUGGUGUCAAAUGUGUUGCAGGGGACCAGGUAUUACGUAGCCUUCAAUUUAAGGUGUGUUCAAGCAGUUUGCAUCUAGAAUUAGAUGCACUAUGUAGUGAUCCGUUGGCGAAAAUCAUUACAGAAAAGCCCUAAGCACGACUCCGAUGGACCGAUAUCUUCCUCAAUUGAAGUUUGCCCCCUCAGCCAAAACUAAGGUACCUGGACUGAUGGCUUGGCGAUCCUUCUGAUCUUUAUUCCUGGACACGAUAUUAGAAGGAACGAU